AUGUUAGUGCACCAACAGUUAGAAAACACUUUCUUUGUGUUAACAAAUGUGAUUCUGACUCCAGGCCAGAGACAGAGCAAGUGUCCUGAGACUCCGAGUGAAGUCACUAAGUGUGAAUCUGACAGUGAUUGCAAAGAAGGAUACAGUGAUGUCCAUGGCAAUGGUGUUCAGACUGGACAUUGUGUGCAGUACUCUGAUAAGAUCAAAACCUGUGAGGUGCAGGCAUGGUGUCCUCUUGAAAAUGACGCCAAUAUUCCAAAACCAGCUGUUCUAAGUGCAGCAGAGGACUUUACAGUGCUCAUCAAAAACAACAUACAAUAUCCAAAGUUCAAAUUUAAAAAGCGAAACAUUCUGCCUCACAUCAACUCCACAUACUUAAAAAGCUGCAUGUUUAAUCGUAAAACAGACCCAGACUGUCCUAUUUUUCGUCUGGGGGACAUGGUAACUGAAGCAGGAGAGGACUUCAGCGUCAUGGCUCUUAAAGGUGGCAUUAUUGGGAUUUUCAUUGAUUGGAAUUGUGACUUGGACUUCUCGGAACGUUUCUGCAUUCCCAAGUAUUCUUUUAGCAGACUGGACAACAAAAAUCCUGAAAAUAACGUUGCCCCUGGCUACAAUUUCCGAUUUGCAAAGUAUUAUAAAAACAAUGAAAGCAUUGACACACGGACAUUGAUAAAGGCCUUUGGAAUCCGCUUUGAUGUCAUUGUGUUUGGGAUGGCUGGUAAAUUCAAUAUUGUGCCCACUAUUGUCAAUCUUGGUGCCACUCUUGCCUUUCUCAGUUUGACGGCUGCUAUUUGUGACUGGGUCAUGCUUACUUGUAUGAAAGACCGUGACAACUAUGCCAAACAUAAAUUCAUUCACCUGAACCAAAACGGUGACAGUAUGCCACUGAGCUCCAUGGAGACAAGCUCAUAUGGGACUCCAUGA